GCUUUAUUAAAAGGUUUUUAAGGGCCCUAAACAUAAUUUCCAAAAGAGAUUCUCACGUACUUGAAGGGUUCUUUUGUAAAGCAAAACAGAAUUGCCGUUACUUUAAUAAAAGAUUCAAUCACGUGACUUACGUGUUGUUCUCUGACACUUGUAGAAACCGCUUUUGAUCAUUUCUCUCAGACGAAGAAGAAAAGAAAAUAUGACCGACCCUGUGACUGCGAGACCUUCCUAUGGCGUUUAAGCUUCCUCUUCCUCUUCACCUCCAUUUUGUGUGUUUCUGUAUCUUCUUUUUAGACUUUUAGCCCUCUUUUCCUUGAAUGGGUUUUCCUUUUGAGUUUCUUUCUUUCAGUUAUUCUCUGUAAAAGAACUCUUCUUUUCCUAAUGGGUAUGGCGUUUAAGCAUCUAUUUCUUUGCUUCUUUGUGUUUGUGCAACCUUUCAUUUCACUCGCCAAGUCCAUAACAGAGCAAGAGGAACAUUCCCCAGAUAAGGAUAACCUCCUAUCUUUCAAAGCCUCACUUAAAAAUCCAAACUUUCUUUCUUCAUGGAACCAGUCCAACCCCCAUUGUACCUGGGUUGGUGUUGGUUGCCAACAAGGUCGAGUUACUUCACUCGUUCUUACUAAUCAGUUGCUAAAAGGUCCUCUUUCCCCUUCUCUUUUCUAUCUUUCCAGCCUCACUGUCCUUGACGUGUCUAAAAAUCUUUUCUUUGGUGAAAUCCCACUACAGAUUUCACGUUUAAAACACUUAAAACAGCUUUGUUUAGCUGGCAAUCAGUUAUCAGGAGAAAUCCCUAGUCAACUCGGUGACCUGACUCAGCUUCAAAUCCUCAAACUCGGUUCUAACUCCUUCAGUGGAAAAAUCCCACCUGAGUUUGGCAAGUUAACCCAAAUUGAUACUCUUGAUCUCUCUACCAAUGCACUUUUUGGUACAGUUCCGAGUCAACUCGGCCAGAUGAUUCAUUUGCGAUUCCUGGACUUGGGGAACAAUCUUUUGUCAGGUUCUUUACCGUUUGCUUUUUUCAAUAACCUCAAGUCUUUAACUUCUAUGGAUAUAUCAAACAACUCAUUCUCUGGUGUAAUUCCACCAGAAAUAGGUAAUCUCACAAACCUUACCGAUCUUUACAUUGGCAUUAACUCAUUUUCUGGUCAGUUACCCCCCGAAAUUGGUUCCCUUGCAAAGCUUGAGAAUUUCUUUUCACCUUCUUGCUUGAUCUCAGGCCCAUUGCCUGAGCAAAUAUCUAAGUUAAAGUCAUUGAGUAAACUUGACCUUUCUUAUAACCCAUUGAGGUGUUCAAUCCCAAAGUCCAUAGGAAAGUUGCAGAAUUUGAGUAUAUUGAAUCUCGCUUAUUCUGAGCUUAAUGGAUCUAUACCUGGUGAGCUUGGAAACUGCAGGAACUUGAAAACUAUAAUGCUCUCUUUCAAUUCACUUUCUGGGUCUUUGCCCGAAGAGCUUUUUCAGUUGCCCAUGCUGACGUUUUCUGCUGAAAAGAAUCAGCUUUCUGGGCCAUUGCCGUCUUGGCUUGGGAGAUGGAAUCAUAUGGAGUGGUUGUUUCUUUCAAGUAAUGAAUUUUCAGGGAAGUUACCCCCAGAAAUUGGGAACUGCUCGUCCUUAAAGCAUAUAAGCUUAAGCAAUAAUCUUUUGACAGGGAAGAUACCAAGGGAGCUCUGCAAUGCUGUGUCACUUAUGGAGAUUGAUCUUGAUGGGAACUUUUUCUCGGGUACAAUUGAUGACGUGUUUCCGAAUUGUGGUAACUUGACCCAGUUGGUUUUGGUUGAUAAUCAGAUUACUGGCUCUAUACCUGAGUACUUGGCAGAGCUUCCUUUAAUGGUUCUUGACCUUGAUUCCAACAAUUUCACGGGUGCAAUACCUGUGAGUCUAUGGAAGUCCACCAGCUUGAUGGAAUUCUCUGCUUCAAAUAAUCUGUUGGGGGGCUCUCUGCCUAUGGAGAUUGGAAAUGCUGUUCAAUUGCAGAGGCUAGUGCUUAGCAGCAAUCAGCUGAAGGGUACUGUGCCUAAAGAGAUAGGCAAGCUCACAUCUCUUUCUGUUCUUAACUUGAAUUCUAAUCUCCUGGAGGGGGAUAUUCCAGUUGAGCUUGGAGAUUGCAUUGCGUUAACCACGUUGGACCUGGGAAAUAAUAGGCUGACUGGCUCAAUUCCAGAGUCACUUGUAGAUUUGGUUGAGCUGCAAUGCUUGGUUCUUUCUUACAAUAAUCUAUCUGGUUCUAUACCUUCAAAGUCUUCUUUGUAUUUCCGCCAGGCUAAUAUACCUGACUCGAGCUUUCUUCAACAUCAUGGAGUGUUUGAUUUGUCUCAUAAUAUGUUAUCUGGUUCAAUACCUGAGGAAUUGGGGAACCUUUUGGUCAUAGUUGAUCUUCUAAUUAACAAUAACAUGCUUUCUGGUGCAAUUCCUAGAUCACUUUCUAGGUUAACAAAUCUUACCACCCUAGAUUUAUCUGGAAAUGUUUUGAGUGGUCCUAUUCCACUAGAGUUUGGUCACUCUUCUAAGCUUCAGGGUUUAUAUCUGGGGAAAAAUCAGCUCUCAGGUGCCAUUCCUGAAACUUUAGGUGGCUUGGGUAGUUUAGUGAAGCUGAACUUGACUGGUAAUAAGUUGUAUGGAUCAGUUCCUCUUAGUUUUGGUAACUUGAAAGAACUUACCCACUUGGAUUUAAGCAAUAAUGAUCUUGUGGGUCAGCUGCCUUCAUCUCUGUCACAGAUGCUGAAUCUUGUGGAGCUUUAUGUUCAGCUGAACAGACUUUCCGGUCCCAUAGAUGAGCUGUUGUCCAAUUCCAUGGCAUGGAGGAUAGAAACUAUGAAUUUGAGUAAUAAUUUCUUUGAUGGGGACUUGCCACGAUCAUUGGGCAAUCUCUCGUACUUGACGUACUUGGAUCUUCAUGGAAAUAAGCUUACAGGAGAAAUUCCUCCGGAGCUUGGGAACCUGAUGCAACUUCAGUAUUUUGAUGUUUCAGGGAAUAGGUUAUCUGGGCAGAUUCCGGAGAAAAUAUGCACCUUGGUUAAUCUGUUCUACCUGAAUUUUGCAGAGAACAAUUUGGAAGGGCCUGUACCCAGAAGUGGCAUAUGCCUAAGCCUGUCAAAAAUUUCACUUGCUGGCAACAAGAAUCUGUGUGGGAGAAUUACAGGUUCAGCGUGUAGAAUCAGAAACUUUGGCAGAUUAUCUUUGCUAAAUGCCUGGGGACUUGCAGGGGUUGCUGUUGGAUGCAUGAUUAUUAUUCUCGGUAUAGCUUUUGUACUAAGAAGGUGGACUACUAGAGGAAGCAGACAGGGUGACCCUGAGGACAUUGAAGAAAGCAAAUUAAGCAGUUUUAUUGAUCAAAAUCUUUACUUCUUGAGUAGCAGCAGAUCAAAGGAACCUUUGAGCAUCAAUAUAGCUAUGUUUGAGCAGCCCCUUUUGAAAAUAACUUUAGUUGAUAUUCUUGAAGCCACCAAUAACUUCUGUAAGACAAACAUCAUUGGAGAUGGAGGUUUUGGUACUGUAUACAAGGCCAUUCUGCCUGAUGGAAGAAGAGUAGCAGUUAAGAAGCUAAGCGAAGCCAAAACACAGGGAAACCGGGAAUUUAUUGCUGAAAUGGAAACCUUGGGCAAGGUGAAGCACCAGAAUCUGGUCCCAUUGCUCGGAUACUGCUCUUUUGGUGAGGAAAAGCUUCUUGUUUAUGAGUAUAUGGUGAAUGGAAGUUUAGAUCUUUGGCUAAGAAAUCGGAGUGGGGCUCUUGAAAUCCUUAAUUGGACCAAACGCCUGAAAAUUGCUAUUGGUUCUGCACGUGGGCUAGCUUUUCUUCACCAUGGAUUCAUCCCUCAUAUUAUACACAGAGAUAUCAAGGCCAGCAACAUCUUACUUAAUGAAGAUUUCGAGCCAAAAGUUGCCGACUUUGGGCUGGCCAGAUUGAUCAGUGCUUGUGAGACUCAUGUUAGUACUGAUAUUGCUGGAACGUUUGGUUAUAUUCCUCCAGAGUAUGGACAGAGCGGGAGGUCCACCACAAGAGGAGAUGUCUAUAGUUUUGGUGUAAUUCUGCUUGAAUUGGUAACCGGGAAAGAGCCAACAGGGCCAGAUUUCAAAGAGGUUGAAGGUGGGAAUUUGGUUGGCUGGGUGUUUCAAAAGAUAAAGAAGGGGCAUGCUGCAGAUGUUCUUGAUCCAACAGUUGUCAAUUCGGAUUCAAAGCAGAUGAUGCUUCGGGCGCUGAAAAUUGCUUCUAGGUGCUUGUCCGAUAAUCCUGCUGACAGGCCUACCAUGCUUGAAGUAUUAAAGUUGCUAAAAGGGAUUAAUUAUGAGAAGAUGUAGACUUAAUAUCAGUGAGCAUAAAGAGUAGCUUGGUGUAAUAACCUUGUAGGUUGUUUUGGAUGACUCUUGAAAUCUUAAGUUGUAAGCUUUUCUGUUUGCUAAUUUAAUCUGACGACUGUUAGAGUUUCAUGUUUUA